UUUAUGAAAAAGUAUUAUUACCCGACUGUGUCAAGCAUGUGCAAGAAUAAGGAUCCAUUUGUUACCAAAAGCAAGCUGGAUAGACUCACAAACGCAGUAAAGAAAUUACAAGCAAAAGCAAAGCAAGAAUCAUUUAAAAAUACUUUUGAACGGGAAACCGAGAAAAUUUCAGGAGAUGUUAAGGAACAGAUCGAUAACCUCAAAUCAUCAUUUGUUGAAUCGUUUAACUCUCUUUCCAACAUUAUGGUAGAAGAAUUUGAAUCUAUAAGAGGCGAUGUCAUUGAGAAUGUUAAUAGUUAUUGCCCAAUGCACAGAACUACAGAGCAUUUGACUCUAUUAUGCUCUAAAUAUGAAACCCAAAUUGUUAGUCUUGACAAAAGACAAGCAAUCCUAGAAAGAGAGGUUGAUAAAUUAUCCAAAAACAGGCCAACCCAUGAUUUUGAAAGUCUUCAAAGUGAACUAUCUACCAACAAGGAUAAUUACAAGACUCUUUGUGAUCAGAUUAGUGAUAUCAUUGGGGAUAUGAACUCAGAAAUUACAAGCGUCAAGAAUGAACAGAAGAUUCAUAAUCAGAGUAUUGAAACAAUCAAAAGGAAUAUCUCAGAUUUAAACCAAGGAAUGAGAAUGUCAAAAAGUUUUAUCUUAAACUCCUCCCAGAAGGAAAAUGAUUUUAACAAGUCAAAUACCAACUUAGAGAUUGUCACAAAGGAGAUUAAAGAGAUCACAAAUAUUAAGAAUGAUAUUGAAAACAUGAAGAACGAGCUAGCAAAUUGUAAACAGAGUCAAGAUAUUACUAACUCCUUGUUGCUUUUGGAAGAAAAUGAUGAAAAUUUAAACCAAAAUGUGAUACUUCUAAAAGAGCUGGUUGAAAAAUGCGUGCAAAAAUCUUCCCUUGACCAGCUUGAGGAUACAGUCAUCUCAGUUGACUCAGAACAUAAGAUAUUCCAGAAGAAAAUAGAAAUGAUAGAGUCUAUGAUCGUCAAGAAUAGGAACGACUAUCUCAAUCAAUUAAGUGAACUAGAGAAGUUCUGAGUCAGUAAAAAUGAGAAUCUAAGCCAAGCAAUUUGCCAUAUUUGUAGGAACUUAAAUAUCACAAACCCUUUGAUAUAAGUUUUCAAUUAUAUUUUAUGAAAUUG